ACCCCACUCAUCUCAAUUCCAAACUCAGGCCAAGCCAUUCUCUUUGGUUUCCUUUUCUCUUUUUUACCUAAAACAAAAUUCAAUCUCUAAAAUUUACAAUAGGUAUGGUAACUCUAAGGAUCACGUGCAUGGCACGUGUCCAGUGAGUUCAUAGUUCCUACAGCUCAGGUCCUUUCCUCUCUCUUAUUUUGCAUUUAACAUCUUUUCCCACCCUUUAUUAUUAUUAACACCAGCUUCUUCUUCUUCUUCUUCUUGUGUUCUUUCUCUCUCUGUACAGUGAAAGAAGAAGAAGAAGAAGAAGAAGAAGAAGAACCAGUACACAGCAAAACCAAAACCCAAUCCUUAAUAGCUCUCUCUUAUCUCAGAAAACCCCAGAAAGAAGACUUGGACUGUAUUCACAUUGCACCCAAAAAUCACAAUACCACAUGCCAUGGGAACCUGCACCUCCAAGCCACCUAAAGCCAACCCAUAUUCGGUCCGAGACCCAAACGACGCCUCCCAGACCCCUAAAUCCCUCCCGGCCACAACCCCACACCACAACCGGAGGGAUGACAACGACGACGUCUCCGGCGCCGGAAAAAUGUCUCCUUUCUUCCCAUUCUACAGCCCCAGUCCCGCCCACUACCUGAAGAAAUCUUCCCCGGCGCCUGCCGGCAGCAAAAGUGCUAGUUCUACCCCCAGGAGGUUUUUCCGGCGGCCGUUUCCUCCGCCGUCGCCGGCCAAGCACAUACGGGCGGUGCUGGCUCGGAGGCACGGGAAGAAGGCAUCGGCGACGGCGAUUCCUGAGGAGGAAGGGGACGAGGAUGAGAAUGGGGUUGAGCUGGAUAAGAGGUUUGGGUUCUCGAAGGAGUUCACGAACAGGUUGGAGGUGGGAGACGAAGUGGGUCGGGGGCAUUUUGGGUACACUUGUUCUGCUAGGUUCAAGAAAGGUGAGCGCAAGGGCCAGAACGUUGCUGUCAAAGUCAUCCCAAAGUCCAAGAUGACCACUGCCAUAGCAAUUGAGGAUGUGAGAAGGGAGGUUAAGAUACUGCAAGCUUUGACAGGACAUAGUAAUCUAGUGCAAUUCUACGAAGCAUUUGAAGACAGCGAUAAUGUCUACGUAGUAAUGGAGUUGUGUGAAGGAGGGGAACUUCUGGACAGAAUACUUUCAAGGGGUGGGAAAUACACAGAAGACGAUGCCAAGGCUGUCAUGGUACAGAUACUAAAUGUUGUUGCAUUUUGCCACCUUCAGGGUGUGGUGCAUCGUGAUCUUAAACCAGAGAACUUUCUGUAUACUUCUAAGGAUGAAAAUUCUGAGUUGAAAGCCAUCGACUUUGGUUUAUCAGAUUUUGUGAAACCAGAUGAAAAGCUAAAUGAUAUUGUUGGAAGUGCAUACUAUGUGGCCCCUGAAGUUUUACAUAGAGCUUAUAGUACAGAGGCUGAUGUGUGGAGUGUGGGUGUGAUAGCAUAUAUUCUGUUAUGUGGUAGUCGCCCUUUUUGGGCCCGGACCGAAUCUGGUAUUUUUCGAGCAGUUUUGAAAGCUGAUCCAAGUUUUGAUGAACAACCUUGGCCUUCUUUAACCAUAGAAGCAAGGGACUUUGUUAAGCGCCUAUUGAAUAAGGAUCCACGGAAAAGAAUGACAGCUGCUCAGGCUCUCAGUCAUCCUUGGAUCAGGAACUACAAUGAUGUGAACGUGCCGCUUGAUAUUCUAAUUUUCAAACUUAUGAAAACUUAUAUGCGGUCUUCAUCUUUGCGAAAGGCUGCUUUAAAGGCCUUGUCCAGGACACUUACUGUGGAUGAACUCUUUUAUCUAAAGGAGCAGUUCUCCCUCUUGGAGCCAAACAAAAAUGGCACCAUAUCCUUAGACAACAUUAGGAUGGCCCUGAUGAAAAAUGCAACUGAUGCAAUGAAGGAAUCCCGCAUCCCUGAUCUUAUUGCUUCGUUGAGUGCACUUCAAUACAGAAGAAUGGAUUUUGAAGAGUUUUGUGCAGCUGCAUUAAGUGUCCAUCAGCUGGAAGCACUUGACCGUUGGGAACAACAUGCUCGAUGUGCAUACGAACUUUUUGAGAAGGAUGGUAACAGGGCUAUAGUCAUUGAAGAGCUUGCUUCUGAACUUGGUCUUGGUCCUUCAAUCCCUCUUCAUGUGGUACUUCAUGACUGGAUAAGGCACACAGAUGGGAAGCUAAGCUUCCUUGGAUUUGUCAAAUUGUUGCAUGGUGUGUCCAGCAGGACCUUUGUGAAGGCACAAUGAAAAGAUAUAGUAACAAUGAGCUCAAAGAAGUGCUUGUUUUUCUAUCAUUUUAGGCAACUGUGAUAUGUGCUAGGUGUUUGGAUUGAAACACGGGUGCGUACCUAAACCUGUCGAUUCAUUUCCUGAGGUCUGGGAUGCCCAGCGGCGAAUUCUAUUGAAACCCACUUUGGCACAGACAAUGAGCCGUCAACUUCAUACAAAUUCUAAGAGACGGCUUUGACCAAUCCUCUGGAACUGCAGGUUUGGUCCUUUGUUUGAUUUCGUAAAGGCCAUGAAAGCUAUUUUGAUGUUUCCCAGUGUAAAGUUGUAGUCAGUUUUUGCUCAAAUGGGGCUAAUGUUUAUGAUAUAUCCUUCUCACACUAUAGUGAUGAUGCUUUGUAUACAUGUUUCAUUAAUGCUGUC